AUGACAACACCCAGAAGUUCUAUGAGUGUACCUUUCCCAGCAGAGUCUAUAAAAGGCCCUAUUGCCAUGCACCCCUUUCAAAGAACCAUUCCCAGGAAGAUGUCUCCAGUGAUAAAUCCCAAACAGAACUUCUUCAUGAAGGAAUCGAAGGCUUUGGGAGCUGUGCAGAUAAUGAAUGGAUUUUUCCACAUUGCCCUUGGUGGCCUCCUGGUGAUCCAAUUAAAGGUGCAUGCACCCAUUUGUAUAACUCUUUGGUAUCCUUUCUGGGGAGGCAUUAUGCACAUCAUCUCUGGAUCAUUGCUAGCAGCAGCAGCAGAGACAAACUCCAGGAAAAGUCUGGUCAAAGGGAAAAUUGUGAUGAACUCAUUAAGUCUCUUUGCUGCAAUUUCUGGAAUAAUUCUUUUGAUCAUGGACAUAUUUAAUAUUACAGUUUCCCACUUUUUUAAAAUGGAGAGUCUAAAUCUUAUUAUUAAAGCUCCUGUAUCAUAUAUCAAUAUACAUAGAUGUGAAGCAUCUCACCCUUCUGAAACGAAUGAGCUAUCAAGCCAGUAUUGUCACAGCAUAAGAUUUACAUUUUUGGGCAUUUUUGCAGUGAUGCUGACAUUUGCCAUCCUCCAGAAAUUUGUGACAGCUGGUACAGUUGAGCAUGAAUGGAAAAGGCUAUGUUCUAGAUCCAAAGCUAAUGUAGUUCUCCUCUCAGCUGCAGAAAGAAAAGAACAGGAAAUGGAGAAAAAAGAAGGCAUUGAGUUGAUGCAAAUGACUUCCCAACCCAAAAAUGAAGAAGACAUUGAAAUUAUUCCAGUCCAAGAGGUAGAAGAAACAGAAAUAAACUUUCCAGAACCUCCCCAAGACCAGGAAUCCUCACCAGUAGAAAACGAUCUCUUAAAUUAA